UUUCAUUGACUUCUAACUGAAACAGUAUUUUCUUUUAUAAGAGUUUAUUUGGGCCAAACUGACAUUGCCAGGAAGCAAGAUCUCAAAUGCUUAGGAAAGGGAUAGUUUUGCGGUUUCUUUUAUGUAUUGACAAUUAAGGAGGGAAUGCAAGGAAUAUUACAGGAAGGUGGCAGAAAGCAAGGCAGGGAUUGGAUUACAGGAUAAUUAAGAAGAUUAUGUGCUCCCUUUAGGGUGGUCACUUCUGAAAAGAGGUAUUUCAAAUGUGAAUUUAACCUAGAUGCACAGAAACAAUUUUUGAUUAAGGCAAAGAUAAACCUUUCACUAAAAAAGUUACAUGCCUCCGGCAUGCCGACCCACCAUGACCUGCCUGGUUAGGAAUUUAUAUUGAUUUCAUCCUGUGGGGUUACUUUCCGUAGAACCCCUUUUUUGUCCACACACUUAAUAAUAUAGCCAAUAAAUCUCAGUAGUUAUUAAAGUUACCUGUGACUUUGUGACCACCAGUAAAAAUUACAUUAUUAUUGGAAGAUAUGCUGAAAUAUCAUUUAUGGUCAUCAUUACUUUGAAAUUGUAAGAGUUAUUAGACCCACUGCUAAAUCCAUUUAAUGUUAUAAAAAAGCACAUACAAUUUUUGUUCUCAUACUCAUAUAUUGUUUUCUUUUUAAUCUUACAAGUUUCUUUUCUGUAUUUAAAAACACUAUCUGAGAAGGUGUCUGUCCAUUGAUUUCACCAGAUUUCCAAAGGAAUCAGUGCCACACAAAAAUUAAGAUUACCUGUAAGGAUUCCUUUGGUUGCUGUGACAAGAAUGGAGUCAGGAGGAGGAUGGAAAGAAAGAGUAGAAGGAGGUAUACAAGUUAGGAAGCUUCUGCAUUAAUCUGGGGAAGGGAUAAUGACUAUGAGAAGACAACGAAAUGAAGUUGUGGUUGAAUUAAGGAAGAAUAAAAGAGAUGAACAUCUCUUAAAGAGGAGGAAUGUACCACAUGAAGAUAUCUGUGAAGACUCUGAUAUAGAUGGUGAUUAUAGAGUGCAAAAUACCUCUCUAGAAGCUAUUGUUCAAAAUGCUUCAAGUGAUAACCAAGGAAUUCAAUUAAGUGCAGUUCAAGCUGCUAGGAAGCUUUUGUCCAGUGAUCGAAAUCCACCAAUUGAUGACUUAAUAAAAUCUGGAAUAUUGCCUAUUUUAGUCCAUUGUCUUGAAAGAGAUGACAAUCCUUCUUUACAGUUUGAAGCUGCAUGGGCUUUGACAAAUAUUGCGUCUGGAACCUCUGAACAAACUCAAGCAGUAGUUCAGUCCAAUGCCGUGCCACUUUUCCUGAGGCUUCUUCAUUCACCCCAUCAAAAUGUCUGUGAGCAAGCAGUGUGGGCAUUGGGAAAUAUCAUAGGUGAUGGGCCACAGUGUAGAGAUUAUGUCAUAAAUCUUGGAGUUGUGAAACCUUUACUUUCCUUCAUAAGUCCAUCUAUUCCUAUAACAUUCUUAAGAAAUGUUACUUGGGUUAUGGUUAACUUAUGUCGGCACAAAGACCCACCACCCCCAAUGGAAACCAUUCAGGAGAUUCUUCCUGCUCUUUGUGUUUUAAUUCAUCACACAGACGUAAAUAUACUGGUAGAUACGGUCUGGGCCCUCUCUUACCUUACUGAUGCUGGCAAUGAGCAGAUACAGAUGGUAAUAGACUCUGGAAUAGUCCCUCAUUUGGUUCCUCUGCUCAGCCACCAGGAAGUGAAAGUUCAGACUGCUGCACUUCGAGCUGUGGGCAACAUUGUUACUGGAACUGAUGAGCAAACACAGGUAGUUUUGAACUGUGAUGCUCUGUCACAUUUCCCAGCACUUCUGACACAUCCCAAAGAGAAAAUUAAUAAAGAGGCAGUGUGGUUCCUCUCUAACAUCACGGCAGGAAAUCAGCAGCAGGUUCAGGCAGUAAUUGAUGCCAAUCUUGUGCCAAUGAUAAUACACCUUUUGGAUAAGGGGGAUUUUGGCACUCAGAAAGAAGCUGCUUGGGCCAUAAGUAACUUAACAAUUAGUGGAAGGAAAGAUCAGGUGGCCUGCCUAAUUCAACAAAAUGUUAUACCACCUUUUUGCAACUUGCUGACUGUAAAAGAUGCACAAGUUGUGCAAGUAGUACUCGAUGGACUAAGUAAUAUAUUAAAAAUGGCUGAAGAUGAGGCAGAAACCAUAGCCAAUCUUAUAGAAGAAUGUGGAGGACUGGAGAAAAUUGAACAACUGCAAAAUCAUGAAAACGAAGACAUCUACAAAUUGGCCUAUGAGAUCAUUGAUCAGUUCUUCUCUACAGAUGAUAUUGAUGAAGAUGCUAGCCUUGUUCCAGAGGCAAUACAAGGUGGAACAUUUGGUUUCAAUUCAUCUGCCAAUGUACCAACAGAAGGGUUCCAGUUUUAGAAAGAUGCUGUGGAAGUUAGGUACAAUGCAGCACUGAGAUAUAUAUAUAUAUAUAUACAUAUAUAUAAAAAGGUUUGAUCCAUCAAGCUUGGCUCAUGGGAUCUACUGCUGCAUUAAAUCGGGAAAGAAAAUGUGAAGAUUUCAUUUGGAAUCACAGAAAAUGCCCAAAUGAGGUCAAGAUGGCGAGUGGGUGCGAGUGAGAAUGAGUGGCAAAGUGUAAUGAAAACUUUACAUGAAUGCUUAUUUAGGUUGAUCAAAGUAAAAAGGGCUACAGGUCACAGUUCUUCAGUGCCUGAGAAGAAACAUUCAACGUUGACUUACUCUACAUCAAUUGAGGGAGAGUGCAGUACUGUCAUCUUCAAGCCUUGUAAGCAUAAAAGAGAAUAGGAUGCCCAUAUAAGUCAAAGGAAAAUGAGCCCAGGCCUUGCUAUGAAGCAGUGUGUGAAUGGACAGUGUUGAGUGAAUGUCUGGCUCAGUAAUAGAGAGCCAGGUUCAUCUUUCAAAUCUAGGGCUCUUCACUCAUGAAGCAGACUCCUAGUCCUGGAGUGACUGUGUAUGAGAGUGUGGUUGUGGUGCUGUAUGUGAACGCAUGCAAGCUUGAUUCGCCUUCAGGGGGCUGAUAACAAACCUAGUAAAUCAUCAAAAUGAGAUCAUAAGUGUUAAUGUACACUGGACAUGAAAACAAAGACCCGUUUAGCAGCAGACAUUGGUUUACUCUGCAGCCUGUGUUUUCUAUUUCCCCUUUCCUCCCCAACCCCUCCCUUUUUUUUCUUUUUUCUUUUUAGGUUUUUUUCUUUUUUAGUUUUGUUUUUUGUUUUGGGGGAAUUUUGUUUUGUUUUGAGGGUUGUUUUUUUUUUUUUGU